AUGCAAUCUUCAGCUCAGCCUCUGAAAGUCCCUGCGACUCCAUCCAGGGCCGCCGAGAACGACAAGGACAAGACGCCCAUACCAGUCGCCAAACAACCUGCCACGUCAACGGCAAGAGCCAUAACUCCAAACGACAUUUCAAGCCCUCACGAACUAACGGCAUUCGUUGAGACACUUUUGGAACAACUGGAUGCCAAAUUUGAUGAGAUGUCGACACAGAUUUUGGACAGAAUGACCCAAAUGUCCACACGCGUAGAUGCCUUGGAAGCUUCGAUACAAGACAUCAUAAAUGGAGAUGUUGCCACAAGUGUACCACAAUCGCCGUCACUCAGCACACCUGGUAUUAGACGAAGUGAUAGCGGCUUUUGA